GUGGUUAACAGCAAACUCAAACAGUUUCCAAAUACCAGAGGAAAACCAUCUGGCAACCCUAGUGUUCAAGGGCUGCUGUAGAGAAGACAACAGAGUUAGUUUACCAGCUAACUAACCCAGGUUACCUGGUUGUGUAAAUCAUUUUUUUCUUCAACCAACUAAUUCAUAAGCAGAGAUGGAGCUUAAUUCACCACUCUCCCCAAAACGACCAAGAAUGGAUGUUACCAUGACAAACAACCACAACUUUGAAUGGAGGGCUGACCUUCCUGAGCUUCUGACACUUCAGCAAACCACCAACACUCCACCGUCAAAUAAUAACCUGCAGAAGAGUGUGGUACUGAUAUACUCAGCAGAAUCCGGGCAUGUUAAAGAUGAGCAACCACAACACACAACAUUCAUCAUCCCCCCUUUUUCUCAAGCAAGUGCUUCACACAUUGACAGCACACACACAGGAUUGACUACAGUGUCUUUUAUCACUGCUGAGAGACUCCUCCUCAACCUCCAGAAAGAUGAGCAGACUUCACGUUCUGAAAGUGACAAGUGCAGCUCAUCCCUGCGAAAUGAUGCAGGUGGGGCAUUUACAGACACUCACACUUUAAAAGACACCUGCGCUGACAUGUCCAGUCAUCCUGAUUGUGAACGGCUGGGGAAAUCACUUGAAGACGAGCCUCCGGGUGGCAACUGCCUCCCUGCUGGAGAUGACAAAGAUUGGAGACAGGUGCAAAACAAUGCCAGUCAAAUCCAAGUAUUCACCCUCAGUUCAAGUGAUGAAGAGGUCAGAAGUGAGAAGGAUUGCACUUAUGAAGAUGUUCUUCAUGACACAGGUGUCUAUAAUACAGGGAGCCAAUCUGAUAAUCAGAAAAAGAAUGGGCUCGAUCAGAUAUCUCCCAGUGAUUAUGUAGACUGUAAAUCAUUUCACUCAAACCCUGAGGAGGACCCCUCUGGCAAGUUGGCAUGCGGUUUAAAUGAAGUGGGAAAGAAAUCAGAAUUGCAGUAUUGCGAGAAUGAAAAUGCUGCCGUCUGUGAUAGAGAAGGCCUUGUUAAUGACGGUAUGAGUGAAAACUCAAUCCCCUCUGUUGCUGAAUGUACUGAAGGAUCAACUGUUUUUCAUGAUGUGGUAUUAGCCAGAAAUAUCACAGCUGAAAAUGUGAGUGCUAGUGCUGAUGACUUCUGCGGGGCAAAAGAAGAGCACACCACUGGCAAGAUGAUAGUCACAGCUGGGAGAGAAGCCCCUGAUCACACGACGGAGACGACAGUGCCUGCAAAAAUCAGCGUUGAGCCCACUGAAGGAGAUAAUGAUCCUGCCUCUUUCAGGGUAAUUGACCCUGCAAUCCGGAGCGAAACUGACAGGGAGGCUGAAGAGAAGCAUUGCAACUCAGAGAGCUCUGCAGCUGUAGAAAGAUCUCCAUCAGUAAAAGUCUGCGAGAUGGAAACGCAUGAGUUUUCAGCUGAUGACCAGGACAACCAGUUUAAUCACCAAAGCACUAUAGAGAAGUGCAAAGAAAAAGAGGACUUGUGUCUGCCAGACACAGAACCACAUGCACAUUCAACCCCAAUUAAUGAAACACACAACAUGACUGGCAGUGAAAGCAGCAACUGUUGGAAUGCCAGUCCCAGCAGGAGUCCACAUAGACCAUCAAAUCCUCAUAUUGAAAAUGGACGACAUGAAAGUCCUACAUCUGAGAAACAUCAGUUGAAAGAGCAGAAUGAAUCAGACUGUGUCCCUGUCUGGUUUGACCACAUGAAGACACAACAGCUUGAAUAUUCACAUGCUGCAUCUGCCAGAAUGGAAAAAGCAACAGACAUAAAAGAAAGAGAGGACUUCAUUAGUUUUGGAGAACAAAUAAAACCUGAGGAAUAUCAGAACUUGGAGAACACAGAGGGGAAGUGUGUGCAACAAAAUGAAAAACCCAAAAUUUGUGAACGUGACAACAGGUUCACACUUUUUGAGGAUUUUGAAGAUGCAAAAAAGGAAAUGGAGAAGGUGAUAAAUUGUGGACAAGAAAUUAAAAUUAACGCAAUUGAAAAUUCAAAAACAGAAAAUCUGUUGCAAAGUGAACAAAGAACAGACACAACUGAAUUGACACAUAUUGAAUGCAUUAGUGGAUUGACUGGGGACAAUGCGACUAAAAGUGGCAACACAUUGAGCCAAGAUUGUCGACACAACCCAAGUACAGCUGAGACUUUAAUGGCUGCAAACAAAGAUGACCUUUCAAUUUUUGCUCUUGCUCCAGCAAGCGAUGCAGUUGUUCCAUGCCAGCACGAUUCAAGCCAUUUCCAAAAUGCUAACAACAACUCCACAGCCCUAAACUGCAAUGACAGAUUUUCCCCAGUACCAUCUGUCUUCACUUUCUAUGACCGGAUGCCGAGGGGGUUUGACACUUUCAAAAAGAUCCCACUCUCACCAGAUGAUGAUGAGGGUGAUGAUGAUGCCGGCCUGGGCAACAGCCUUCUCCUCACCAGCUUGCCUAGGCAGCUGCUGAAAACAUCGGUGCAACAACCCUCCCUCUCCGUGCCGGGGGCAGAGAGUGACAAACAUGAGGAGAUACCAGGAGAGGAGGCAGGGGGCAAAGAGGAAGUGGCAAAGUUUCAGCAUCAUAUUGACAACAUGGCACUUGAGUUGUUAAGCAGCGACUGUGCUUCUAAUGAACUCCCAAACUUUAUCUCAGAAGCAGAAAUAAUUGCCCUCAGAUGGCCAGAGCAACAGCCUGACUGUGACUCAGCCUGUGAGCACAUCCAGCCUCUGUCUGUGUCCUCCUCUGUUUCCUCUGAGCAUGAUGGUCCAUCUGAUGUGAACAUCUCCUCUGAGUUUAAGAUGACAAAACAAUUUGACAUGGUCUUGAAAGAGCUGAACUUGUUUUUUGACAUCAGUAUGAAUGAUUUUUCAAGCAACAGCAAAGAAUCGACCCCAGAGCAGUGUAGUGAUGCAGCUGGGGCCUUGGAGAGCCAUGUUUCAACCUGCAAAGAACAUCUCCGCAGCCCAGAAAUGGGACGUCACAGACACUCAUCAGAUGAUGCCGAUGAAGACUUUGGAGGUGAUCCAGUGGUUUCUUGUGCCUCUGGUGGCUGUGAGGGCGAGCAGGAGGUGCCACUUGGACGCCACGCAUGCCAGGAAACACCAGUGAAGGCUGCAGAAAAAUACAGAGAGCCCCGGGAGACGGAGCAGAGGAGAAAGACGUGGUCGCCGUCCUUCACUUGUCCACUGACAUUAGAGCAACUGAGUCACAGAGCGCCAGAGCAGCCGAGGAGACUGCAGCCUCUGAGAACAUGCCAGCGACCCAUACGGGUUGGACUCUCCAAGAGAGCCAGGACCAAACAGCUACAUCGUCCCGCUCCUUAUGUUUGAACACAGGUCGUGUGAUCAAGCUGAUAUGUGUGCGUUUGACUGGUAAUAGAUCUCUUUAAAGUCUUUGUUCAACAUGUUAGAUGAUAUUUUCUUAUUUUUCAUCAGUAUUGUUGUCUCGUUUGUGAGGCGCUGUGGGUCCAGUACGUUUUAACCAUUAGGGAAGUUUGACUCCACUCACUGUCCUGUUUCACAUGUACACCUUUACUUACACCCUUCUAUAUACAGUACUUUAAGUAUGUAUCU